CUAUAAGGUGUCAGGACGUGGCGGUCUAUUUCUCCAUGGAGGAGUGGGAGUAUGUAGAAGGACACAAGGAUCAGUACAAGGAUCAGGUCAUGAUGGAGGAUCAGCAGCCCCUCACAUCACCAGUCAGAUCCAGUAAGAGAACAGCACCAGAGAGGUGUCCCCGUCCUCUUCUUCCACAGGAUGAUCAGGGAGAAGAUCGGAAGAAUAUUAAUGCUCUAGAGGCAUAUGUGAGCGGUGAUGAGCAGUAUAAGGAGGACAUUCUUACAGAGAAAGAUCUGAUCUAUAAUAAUGCUACAGACAUAAAGGAAGAAGAUGAGACAGAUGUGAGCGGUGAUGAGCAGUAUAAGGAAAAUAUUCCUAAAGAGAAAGAUCUGAUCCACAUUAAUGCUACAGAGAUAAAAGAAGAAGAGACAGAUGUGGGUGGUGAUGAGCAGUAUAAGGAGGACAUUUCCACAGAGAAAGAUCUGAUCUAUAUUAAUGCUCCAGACAUAAAGAAAGAAAAGACAAAUGUGAGUGGUGAUGAGCAGUAUAAGGAGGACAUUCCUACAGGGAAAAAUCUGAUCUAUAUUAAUGCUACAGAUAUAAAGGAAGAAGAAGCAGAGACAGAUGUGAGCGGUGAUGAGCAGUAUAAGGAGGACAUUCCUACAAGGAAAGAUCUGAUCUAUAUUAACGCUCCAGACAUAAUAGUAAAAGUAGAAGAAGAGACAGAUUCUUUCCUACAUUUAGCUAAAAUGCAAACUAAUAUGAAUCUAGAGAAUAGUAUAGAAAACAAUGAGACAUAUACUAGAUAA